GCGCCAUACUGCGCAUGCGCCGCCCCCUGCUGGGAGAAACACAGCGAAAGGAAACUUGGUAGGUGAAAAGUUUCCAACAUGUCCGGGACGGCGAACGUGUCCGCUAUGAAGAAGGUGGUGCAGCAGCUGCGGGUGGAGGCUGGCAUCAACCGGGUGAAGGUUUCCCAGGCCGCUGCUGAUCUGAAGCAGUUCUGUAUGCAGAAUGCACAACACGAUCCCUUAUUAACUGGAAUCUCCUCGAGCACAAAUCCUUUCAGACCCCCAAAAGUCUGCUCUUUCCUGUAAAUUUCUCCUUCUCUAUGAUUUAACCUUAGCUGGAUCACAACCUGCUCUGAAGGAACAGCUCGGUUUGACUCUACCAAGUUGACCCGUGGAUGUGCCAAGUUUUUUCUAUUGUACAUUUCUAUCAAAAACAAAAGUUUUAACAUCUACCUCUCCUUUGUGAGCUAUUUGCAGUAAUUUGCAUUUCUUAUCUUUUUAAAAUAAAAUCAAUUUUAUACACUG